CGUUAAGUGUGGAGGUGUAGCAAUUGAAGUUGAACAUUCCUGGUGUUUGUGAUGCCUGCCAUUUGGUGCGACCCAGACCCAGUGGGGAGCAUGGUGAAACAGAGUCAUUGUCAGUCUCUACCAGACAAAGUCAUGUUAGGAUAUAUCAGUUAUCUGGUUAGAGCUUUUGUGCAGAAUCCAGUGCUCUGUUUCAGGUGCAAUGUUUAUGUUCAUGUUGCAGCAGUGUGUAAGAGGGAGAUUCUAAGAUGUGGGAAGUGUGCCGGAGGGCAUGUGACAGAGGAUUGGGAAGUUUCGGUGGAUAAAGUUGUUUGUCAAUUGUAAGGGUGCUCAUGUUGCUGGGGAUCGGAAGUCUAUGGGCCUAGAGAGGCAGGUUGAGGUGGCCAGGGUAAGAGUAGUGCAGAAGGUGUCAUAUGCUGAGGCAGUGAAGUAAGUGGACGAGGAUGGGUCAAGGGUGAGGAUCCCAGUGAGUGUUAGAUUUGUGCCAGUACAGAGGGAUAGGCCAAUCAGUGAGUUAUGCUUCAGUAAGGUUGGCUUCUUAGUGUUCAUAGUAAUAGAUGUCAACUGUAUUGCAGAAAUGGGAAGUAAAAUCACAUUAAAUAUAUGCUGUGGUGGCAACUGCAGAGAAGUAUUUAGGUAUACAAGAUUUAACUUCAGAAGAGUUACAGGUUGUGUUGAGCGGUGGUGUCCCAUCUUCUCGGGCUGUUGGCCUAGGGUAGGAUCAGAGAGGGUUAAAGUCGUGGAAUAAGGUGAUGGGUUUUAAUGAGUAUAGGGUUAGUUGAUAGGGUAAUAAUAAUUUAUUUGUAUUUUAUUUUUUUCUCAUUCCCAUUUAGUAUUUUAAGUGUAAUGGAUCUAUAGUUCAGUUGGGGGCGGUAAUGCAACAUAUUGGAUGCCAACCGCCAUUAAACCUCACCGAAGAAGUAUAUUUUUUUCGGGGGGCGCACAUCUGUCUCAUAAAAAAAUAAAUGUCUGCUGAGAAGCUAGCUGUGCUGAGAGAAAGAGGAUGUUAGCUGGCCUAGCAUUAGCUAGGUAUGAACCUUUUAAGUUAGCAUUUUGACCGGCGGGAAGCUUAAGUUACAAACACAAAUUAACGACCGUAAGCGUUGUAAACGUGUGUCUAUUAUGGAAGUGUUUGUACAGUAAACAAGCAAGAGCACUCUCGUCUGAGUAUGCAAGAGCGCAGAAUAACGUUAUGAAGUUACGAACACUCAACACCCGUUCAAUAUGGCCGGAAUCCGUAAACUUCUGCAAAAAAACGUGAUUAACUUGUUGCCAGCACCCCAUUUAGUCACCAAAGCUCUGAAUUACAUGAAAACAGCCUAACCUGCUCUGCUAGGGGCGUCUGGUGGAGAGGAUGAGUUGGGGCCGGGGAGCGAGGAGGAAAGCUGGCAGGCAGCAGCCCACUGAUGUGGAAGCCUUUGACCCGGAAGUAGUUGCAGAGGUCAGAGAACUCUUCAAUAAAGUCAGGACAUACGUCAAACCGGCCAAUGGGGAGUGGUGUAUCCCUGACCCCAGUGAAGCACUGAGACACCCGGCCCAGGACCACAUCCUCCUGCAGACCCUGAAGACGUCACUAAAUGAGGUGAAGAACCGACUUAGCGAUAAGGAUCUGGAAGUCUGGCACCAGCAUACCAAUUCCACCAACCGUGCCGGGAAGGUUAUUGGUACUGUGCGAGCUGCCUCCAAUGCCGAAAUCUGCACUCAGGCCUGGUGCAAGUUCUAUGAGAUCCUGGGCACCUUCAACCUUCUGCCAGAGGAUGCGUUGCAGAGCGGGGAGCUGAACACUGUUCACCUGUGUGAGGCUCCAGGGGCCUUCAUCGCCGCUCUGAACCACUAUCUCAAAACCAGCAAGCACACGUGCUACUGUGACUGGAGUUGGGCAGCCAACACACUCAACCCCUAUCACGAGGCCAACGGAGGGGGCACCACCAUCACAGACGACCGCCUCAUCGUCAACACUCUGCCCUGGUGGUUCUUUGGCUCGGACAACACAGGAGACAUCAUGAGUCAGAAGCACCUGUUGGAGCUGCAGACCUUUGUGGGUAACAUGCGCAGUAUUGACGUGGUGACGGCGGACGGGAGCUUUGACUGUCAGGGGAACCCUGAUGAGCAGGAGGCCCUGGUGUCAUCGCUGCACUACUGCGAGGCUGCGGCAGCACUCCUCCUUCUGGACCCAGGUGGCUCGUUUGUACUGAAGAUGUUCACUCUGUACGAGCACUCCUCUGUCUGCCUGCUCUACCUGUUAAACUGCUGCUUCCGCUCCGUCAGCGUCUUCAAACCGGCAACCAGCAAAGCAGGGAACUCUGAGGUGUAUGUCGUCUGUCUUCACUACGAUGGUAAGAAGGCUGUGAGGCCCCUGCUGUCCAAGCUGAUCCGUCACUUCGGGUCAGACCUGGCUGCCCGUGAGGCCCUAUUCCCCAGCCAGCUCCUCCCACAGUCGUUCCUGGCGCAACAUGAGCAAGUGUGCUCCUACUUCCAUGACCUACAGACAGGGACGAUUUGGGAAAACCUGAGAAUGUUUGAGGGCCUGAAUGAGAAGCAGAGGCAACGACUGGAAAACAUCAGGGACUGCACUGCUCAGGAGUACCUGCAGCGCUUCCAGGUGAGUUCUCUGCCGCGGGCCCGCUGGUUGUCUCGUAACACAGUGGCCCCAGCGUGUUGCAGCGUAAUGGGUCGGAGGCCCCUGGGCCAGAAGAAUCAGAUGGGCUCCUUUAACCAGCGGAGGGAGCUGCAGGCCCUGGGCUGGAAGGAGCGUGUUGGGAAGGGCCGCUACGCUGCCUGUGUGGAAGGCCACGGCCCCGACGGCACUGGGGCAGGCUGUGUGCUGGCAGGGCCGCUGGCAGAAUGCCAUAUGGACACCUGGUUUGUGAUAGUGGGGGCAGCCCUCACUGUAGUCAGGAACUCGCCAUUCUGUGAUGGGGGUCUGUUGAACCACCUCAAUGAAGCCUUGGAGCAGGCUGCCCUAGGCUCAGGCAUGGACAGGUCAGCUGCCUGGACUCUGGUCCCUCCCUGUAGCUCCUGCCCAAUGGUUGGUACCACCUCCAUCCUCUCAGAGGUGGCAGCCCAAUGUGACAUCACUCCCUGCAAUGGCAAGGGAAACAGAAAGUGCCUUGUCUUUGGCAGAGCAUCGUGUUGGGGGGAUUGUGAGGAGCAGGCUGGGGGGUUGGUGCUGGAGUUCUGUUCGGAGCCCUCGUUACCACCUACGGCCCACACCACUCUGCAUGACGGGGAGCCACAGUAUCAGAGAGACCUGCUGGACUGUGUCUUGCUCUCCCUGCGCCGCAUGGGACCCGGCGACGCCCUCCUCUUGCCCAUUCUCUCUGCCUUUACCCGCGUAACCGCGGCAACCGUCCUUUGCCUCCACCUGUCCUUCCGCUCUGUCACCUUCAGGUGUCCUUCUCCUCCAGGUGCUUCAGGGGCGGUGCUGGUAUGUGUGGGGUUCUGUCCAGAGGCUGCUGCUCGACUCGUUCCCCACCUCGGUGACCUGCAGGAGCGUAUGGGCUGCCUGGCCAGUGGGGAGGAGGACGCUGACAUUCUGCCUCCUGUUGGCCAGAGACAGGUACUGCAGUUUGUUCCCAUGGAGGAGCUGCUCAAAGGAGAGCUGAUAGAGUUCCUGUGGACCAUGAACUCAGCCAUCGCCCGUCAACUGCUGCACCUGCUCAUGCAGGCUUAGCUGGGGUCAACAGAGGGUCUCUGUGUGUCUCAGGUGGAUUGUACCAUAGCCUGGCCCGAAAACAAGCACUGACUAGAUCAUUUCUCUAGCCCCUACCCCAUCAGUGUUGACAAAUGUAAAUGAAUUGGAUGGGUGGAAGCUCCCCCUUAACUUAAUCCCAUCUGGUCCCUUCAGAUCUGUAUCACAGAAGUGGGAUGGGGUUGUUUUUGGACCUUGCAACUUUCAAUAUUUAGUAAGGGCACAUUUGGUCCCUGUUUUGAUGAAAAUUAGAGGCAAGCAAUGCUGUGAAGUAGAUCUAUUUGAUAUAAUUUGAUUGAUGCUGUGGUGAUCAGACAUUGAAGACCUAACUGACUUAAUUUUUUUUUAUGAUUGUAAAUAUCAACAGUUAAUCUGUUUCAAUUAGGACAACAUUUGGUCACAUUUCCCUGGGUCUCUGAUCUAAUGUAUUUUUAGGACAGCACAAUAACUCAUGUACUGCUAAUUCAAGUUAUUUAAAGUAAAAAAAAUACUUUUCAUAUUAGUUUCACUAUUAAAAUAAAAAUAUUAUCAUGCAGUUUGUUAGGAGUUAAAAAGCCUUUUUGUGUCAUUUUUCUGACACUGUCUAACCAGAAGUGACUAAAUACAGUAGAUUGUGUGACUGUGUUUUUACCUGGGGACUGCUGUGAAGGCUAGCCGUGCAUGCACUGUUUCACUCUGCAGGGGUUUGAAGAAAAUGUAGUCUUGCCUCUACGGCAUCUAUACUUAGACCCCAUUUACACCUGGUGUUAAAUUGCAAAUGAAUUCAUGAUUAUCUAGGAUCUGAUAAUAUCCACAGCUGGCCUUGAAAUGUCUCAUAUCAGUCUAACCUGCAUUUUUAUGUUUUCUUUGGAAUGAUGCAUCCAGUAGAACAGCUCGUCUAUGUGGUCAGAUACUUUAUUGAAAAAAAUGGUUGGACCGAAAUGUUGUGCUUUGGGUUUUGGGAACAUGCUGUGCAAGCCAAUGUGUCCACGAAAUGUUUUAUAUAUAUACUUUUGUAUUGGUUUUGUUUGCCUUUGAAAAAACUUUUUUAUAUUUAUGUACUGUUGAAUAUUUGAUUUUUUUUUUUGGAGCAGGUUGUAUUCCUUUAAUAAAAAAACAUAUUGACUUCACUGAAUUCUUA